GGCUGUGUCACAUGACCUGCUAGGGUUAUGAAUAGCUGAGUAUAAUGAUUUCUUAGUGAACGUUUAAAAAAAAGAGAGAGCGAGAGAGAGAGAGAGUGAGUGAUUCUCAGCGAGAGGGAGGCUCGCAUUCGUUCAGCUACAGCAGGCAAAGAGACGGAACGUGGAAAGUUCCCCCGACUCCAGGUGUCUGUGUCCCCCGCACCAGGCAGCCAGGUCUGCGGACCAGAAAGAAAAAGGUGAAGGGAGACGUCUUCUUCCAGAGCUGCAAAGUUGCAUAGAUGUAGCCGCCAUGGGACCAUCUGUACGGAGCACUGAAAGGGCAACCCAGACCUGCUAAGCAGAAUCUCUCAGCCAGCAGACUCGUGCGCCCAGCCAUGGCAGGAAACAAGGAGAGGGGCUGCUCUGGAGGAACCCCCCUGGCUCAUGUCAAUGGCUUCCCGUCUGCCGUAUACCCUUUCCCUUUCCCUAACCCCCACUUUGAGGUGCUCGCCAAUGGAGGCUACUUCCGCAGUUUCCCUACUGACCUGCCCAAGGAGAUGGCAUCGCUGUCGGUGGAGACCCAGAGCACAAGUUCGGAGGAGAUGGUGCCCAGCUCCCCCUCUCCGCCCCCGCCCCCACGUGUCUACAAACCUUGCUUCGUCUGCAACGACAAAUCGUCUGGCUACCAUUACGGAGUCAGCUCCUGCGAGGGGUGCAAGGGCUUCUUCCGACGAAGCAUUCAGAAGAACAUGGUGUACACCUGCCACCGGGACAAGAACUGUCAGAUCAACAAAGUCACUCGCAACCGCUGCCAGUAUUGCCGUCUCCAGAAGUGCUUUGAGGUUGGCAUGUCUAAGGAAGCCGUGAGGAACGACCGCAACAAGAAGAAGAAGGACGUGAAAGAGGAGGUGGUGGUGGACAGCUACGAAAUGACGCCGGAACUGGAAGAGCUUAUCCAGAAGGUUAGCAAGGCUCACCAGGAAACCUUCCCCUCGCUCUGCCAGUUGGGCAAAUAUACCACGAAUUCCAGCGCAGAUCACAGGGUACAGCUGGACCUGGGGCUGUGGGACAAGUUCAGUGAACUGGCCACCAAAUGCAUCAUCAAGAUCGUGGAGUUUGCCAAACGCCUGCCGGGCUUCACCACUCUCAGCAUUGCCGACCAGAUCACCUUGCUCAAGGCAGCCUGCCUAGACAUCCUGAUGCUCCGUAUCUGUACCCGCUACACCCCAGAGCAGGACACCAUGACCUUCUCGGAUGGGCUGACCCUGAACCGCACCCAGAUGCAUAACGCUGGAUUUGGGCCCCUCACCGACUUGGUCUUUGCCUUCGCCGGGCAGCUGCUGCCUCUCGAAAUGGACGACACGGAGACCGGCUUGCUCAGUGCCAUCUGCCUUAUCUGUGGAGAUCGAAUGGACCUGGAGGAGCCCGAGAAAGUGGACAAGCUGCAGGAGCCGCUGCUGGAAGCGCUGAAGAUCUACGCUCGCCGACGCCGACCCAACAAGCCUUACAUGUUCCCCCGCAUGCUGAUGAAGAUCACCGACCUGCGGGGCAUCAGCACCAAAGGCGCAGAACGAGCCAUCACCCUGAAGAUGGAGAUCCCGGGCCCUAUGCCACCCCUCAUCCGGGAAAUGCUGGAAAAUCCCGAGAUGUUUGAAGAGGAAUUAUCGCAGCCUCCUCCGCCGGCAGAACCCCCCAGCUCCGAGGAGAGCCCAGCAGACCCCAAGAGCCAGGAGGAGGCCCCCUAGCAUCUCACGAGAGCCUGGAUGUAGGCUAGGAAAGGCAGGGGAGAAAGUCCUUUCCCAUGUAUCUCCUCGGUCCUUCCCGAAGCCCAUUUCCUCCAGGACUGUGCGCUUGCCUUCCCUGCUCUCGGCCAUGCACUGGAGACUGGGAUAACGGCGACACUCGAGACCAACUAGGAGGCACGCCUGCCCCUCUCCUCCGCUACAGUGGGUGACUCCGGGGGUGGAUGUCUCUUGCCUUAACCUUUCUCCUACGGGGUCUCGGACACAUACUCAGACGCCUUCGCUCCCAGCCCCAAAGCUUUGCCAAAGUCCCGGGUUGCCUGUCCUGUCUAGUCGGGUGCCCUCAAGCCAAAUCUUCAGGAUGUGGGAACCCCCAAGGGGCUCGGACUCAGAGAGCCUCCGUCUCGAAACAGGAGGAUCUCCCAAUGUGCAAUUUCAGUGCCGGCGGGAAAAGGGGCACCCCGAGAACUGACGGAGACAGUCGAUAGCGCGUAGGCCUCUAGAUGGCAGUCCUGCCUUCCUCGCCACUCCGCGAUCCUGACUGGGGAUCAUCUGUACCCUGCAUCCUCCCGAGUCGGGGACCCAGGCAUCCGGGACGCUAUUUAUUCAGGUCUCUGAAGACAGAGGGAUGGCGCGCCUCCCCAGCUGCCCCACGCACACACAGACAUCUCGGACCAAUGAUUUUGGGGUUUGGGGAGAGCAAAGCCAGGACUCCGACGCAUCCCUAUGCCCUAUCAGAAC